AUGGCCACAGACAGGCUGCCAAAGCCAGGGAGGGCAAAGCUGCAAAUCUUUCAGAAGAUGGAGAGAGACCCCCCUCCAAGUCCUGCUCCUGCGGAACAGUACCACACAGCCUUGGUCACAGGCGACCUGGGCAGCCUCCAGCCACUGAUGGCCCAACACUAUGGAGAUGCCAAUGUGGUCUUUGAGAUCAAUAAGAAUGAAAUGGAAUGGCAGCUGAAAUCUCCAGCCACUUUUGGACUAUCAGGUCUCUGGUCCCUGGAGUAUAAGAGAGAGCUCACCAAUCCUCUCUGCAUCACUGCCAGUCAUGGCCACACUGACUGCGUGCGCCACCUGCUACGCUGGGAUGCUGAUGUUAAUGCAGCCCCAGGUGGGAAGAGUGCCCUACAUGAGGCCUGCCAAGGGGGUCAUACCGACUGUGCAGAAUUGCUCCUGGAACACCAGGCUGACCCCAACCUAAUGAGUGAGGAAGGCUUGGCUCCACUCCACCUGUGUACCUCCCCAAAUACUCUCGGAUGUGCCCAGAUGCUGGUGAAGCAUGGUGCCCGAGUAAACCAAAUGAGCAGCGAGGGCCAGGAAAGCCCCCUUCACAUUGCAGCGAAACAUGGCCUUGUGGAUCAUGCUCUCCUUUACCUACAACAUGGGGCCAGUGUGGACUCUAGGAACAGACAUGAAGAGACACCCCUCAGCGUAGCUUGUGGCCAAGCCCAGGAGCCCCAUGGUCAGGAGCCCUACUUGGAGGUGUGCCACCUGCUGCUGCGCCAUGGUGCAGAUGCCAACGCCACCGAUGAGGAAGAGAAGAGUCCCCUCCACAAAGCCUGUAAGAAUGCCAGCCACCCCCUGGUCCAGCUGCUGCUCCAGAACAGAGCCAAGGUCAAUGUUUUUGACUACAAUGGCACCUCCCCCAUGGCCUGUGUUCUGCAGAAUGCCUCCUUCAAGAGGGAGUGCAGACCCCACCAGACAGUGCAAACGCUCCUCAAUCAUGGCUCCCAGAGGAUCUGGCCAGGGGCUUUUGAGAAGGUCCUGAAGUCUUGUGCAUCCACUCCAGAAAUUAUUGGGAUCCUUUUCAACUCCUACUCAAAGCUCCGGGUCUCUGAAAAAUGGAGAGAAGUAAUUCCUGAGGAAGUGUUUCAGAUGUAUCAGCCUUUUUACCAGUCUCUCUUCAUGCUAUCUCGCACCCCGAGGUGUCUGCAGCAUCUGUGCCGCUGUAUCAUCCGCAAGCGCCUUGGCAGCGAGUGCUGGUCCUGCAUUCCCCGGCUGCCCGUACCAGACCCUCUGCAGCAUUAUCUCCUGCUGGAGCCAGAAGGCUCGUUGCUCUGA